CCGUGUAGGCACGUGACCGACCUGCUGCAUUUUUACUUGGAGGAGGGGCUUGCUCCGUGUAUUAACCGGAGCUGGGUGGCCAUUUUCUUUGCGUUGCCCUCACCGGAGUAGUCUAGGGUUAGGGUUUGCUCUUCUCGCUCUCCUCCGAUCGAAGCGGCCAUGGAUACCGAUCUCAACGCGCCCCACUCCAUGGGAACGACCAUCAUCGGGGUAACCUACGACGGCGGCGUCGUCCUUGGAGCCGAUUCCAGGACGAGCACAGGAAUGUAUGUUGCCAAUCGGGCGUCGGACAAAAUCACACAGCUGACAGAUAACGUUUAUGUCUGUCGUUCUGGAUCGGCUGCUGAUUCUCAGAUUGUCUCUGAUUAUGUCCGUUACUUCCUUCAUCAACAUACAAUUCAACUUGGGCAGCCUGCUACUGUCAAAGUGGUUGCUAACUUAGUUCGAUUAUUGUCAUACCAAAACAAGAACAUGCUACAAAUGGGCCUGAUUGUUGGUGGAUGGGAUAAAUAUGAAGGAGCUCAAAUAUACUCUGUGCCUCUUGGAGGGACGAUACUGAGGCGACCUUUUGCAAUUGGAGGAUCUGGUUCCAGCUACUUGUAUGGAUUCUUUGAUAAAGAAUGGAAGGAAGGCAUGAGUAAAGAUGAAGCCGAGAAGUUAGUGGUGGAAGCAGUCUCUCUCGCCAUUGCACGCGAUGGAGCGAGUGGAGGUGUUGUCCGCACUGUUACUAUCAAUGCUGAUGGUGUUACGAGGAACUUCUAUACUGGUGACUCUCUGCCAUUGUGGCAUGAAGAGCUGGAGCCCCAAAAUUCCCUGCUCGAUAUCCUCUCCUCCAGCAGUGCUGAGCCAAUGAGCACAUGAGCACAUGGAUCUUCAGCACUGGUUUCAUGCCCAGCAUGACCUUUUCACAUUGAAUGCCAUCUUCUAUUACUUUGGAAUGACUUUGUGCCCCACUUCUGGAGUUCGGUACUGGAUUGCCCCUGGCUGAAUUAUUGAUCAUAUUUCACUGCACAAGUGCUUGGAGCUUAGUGCUAAUUAAGUCUUGGAAAAUACUUUGAUCAAGUGUGAUGAGUAUUGUGGAUUUUAUUCAUCAUAGUAUAAAGCUAUUGCCAGGAAAAGAACGUUCAUUUGAAGCUAUGAACUUACUGUUUUUCUUGUAAUGAGAUAUUCAUCAAAACUUUGAGUUCUUAUCUGCAGUACUCCUAAAAGUAAACAGUUCCGGUUUUGAUCUAAA